AUGAGCGAGAGAAGAAACAGUACAUCAAUUACCAAGUUCAUUCUCUUGGGAUUCUCUGAGCUUCCAAAGCUCACCAUCACCCUCUUUUCACUGUUCCUAGGGAUCUACCUCAUGACAGUUGCCUGGAAUCUGAGCCUUAUUGUCCUCAUCAAGAUGGAUCUUCACCUCCACACACCCAUGUACUUUUUCCUCAGUAACUUGUCCUUCCUAGACAUCUGCUAUAUUUCUACCAUAGCCCCCAAGAUGCUGUCAGAUUUCUUCAGGAAGCACAAAUCCAUCUCCGUUCUGGGAUGCACAAUGCAGUACUUCUUCUUCUCUAGCCUGGGUCUGAGUGAGUGCUGUCUUCUGGCAGCCAUGGCUUAUGAUCGGUAUGCUGCCAUUUGUAAUCCUCUCCUCUACACAGCCAUCAUGUCCCCUACCCUGUGUGUGCAAAUGGUGGCAGGAUCUUGUAUCACUGGAUUCAUUGGCUCGUUGAUCCAGCUCUGUGCCUUGCUUCAACUCCAUUUCUGUGGGCCAAAUGUCAUCAACCAUUUUUUCUGUGACUUGCCCCCACUCUUGGCCUUAUCCUGCUCUGAUACCUUCUUCUUCUACAUCAUGGUCUCUGUGCUGACAGUGAUCUAUGGACUCACAGCUGUCUCCAUUAUCAUAAUAUCCUACACUUACAUCAUUGUGACCAUCCUGAAGAUCACUUCUGCCGAAGGCAGACGUAAAGCCUUCAACACCUGCGCUUCUCACUUAACAGCAGUGACCCUUUUCUUUGGUGCAGGCAUCUUUGUUUAUAUGCAUCCCGACUCUGAAGAUUCCUUGAGUCAAAACAAGCUGGCCUCAGUCUUAUACACGAUGAUAAUCCCUAUACUAAAUCCAUUGAUCUACAGCCUGAGAAACAAAGAAAUCAAAGAUGCCUUAAGGAGAUGGAAGAAGAGGUUCUUCUCUUAG